UGUCAUAGGAUGAACACUGCUGGUGGGGUGUGUCUGUCUGUGCUGUCCUCCUUCCUGGCUGUGGCCGGGGCCCUGGCUACUGUGUCUGUCCUCGCUCUAGCUCCUCUCUCUGCCCUGGCCGCGGCUGCCCAUGGGGCUGCUGGUGGCGUCCCCAGAGCCGGGGCAGAGGGGACCCUCUCGCCCAUCUCCUCACCAUGCUCCAGCCUGGUUGCUGGGGUGCUGUAUGGAUCUUUCUCCCUAAGGGAGCUUUUUCCCUCCAGGGCGCCAGGCUGCUCCUGGUCCCUGGAGAACCCCGACCCCACCAAGUACUCCCUCUACCUCCGAUUCACUCGCCACCCCUCCAUCUGCCAAACACACUCCCCCAUGCUCCUCUCCCUCGACCACCACCUGGCCAAUCAGAGCUGUCCGAUGCAUUUACAGACGGCCGCCCUGCGAGACCAGGAAGUCAUUGACCUCUGUGGCAGCCAAUCAAAUUCCGGCAGUCCCUACUCCUUCCUGCAGUUUGACAAGAACUUUGUCCAGCUGUGUCUCACCAGACACCCGUCUGCAGAUGAGCCUCAGGUCAACAAGGAAACGCUGGAAGUGAGACUGGUGGAGGUGUUGCUCAUCAACAACGAGAACUCCAGCCAGUUCACCUGCGGCGUGCUGUGCCGAUGGUUCGAGGAGUGCUUGCGCACCAGUCAAAACGGCGACUCGGGGGUUGUCUCCGACGGCGACGGCUGUGGGAUGACGCAGACGGGCUGCAUCUGUCCCAAUCACAACAUCAUGGCACCACCUAUUCCACUGCUCCCGGCGACGCCGCACAGUUUGAGCAACGGCUCGGCGGUCCCCGACGACUGCUGCGUCACCGAGCUGCAUUCCAACGAUGCAAUCGCUAUAGCGCCCAGGGAUGUCAGGCAAGACCCAUAUGAUGAUGACCUGAAGGUAAAGACCCAAAGACCCCGAUCAGCUGACCACCCAGGUGUGUUUCAAGCACAAACAGGGGACCCGGCAGCGGAGGAGUGGUCGCAGUGGAGUGUGUGUUCGCUGACAUGCGGGCAGGGCUGGCAGGUGCGCACGCGCUCAUGUGUGUCCUCCCCCUAUGGCACGCUGUGCAGCGGCGCCCUGAGGGAAACACGCAUGUGCAACAACUUCACCGCCUGCCCCGGUGAGCCUGGACUCAGCGGCUCAGUGCAUGGGCUGUGGGAGGAGUGGUCCUCAUGGAGUCUGUGUUCUGUGACCUGUGGGCGGGGCUCCAGGACUCGAACCAGGAAGUGUGUGAACGGAGGUGGGGCCCCGGGUUGCGGCGGGCCCGAGACUCAGACCAAACUCUGCAACAUAGCAGUGUGUCCUGUGGAGGGCCAGUGGUUGGACUGGGCGCCAUGGUCUCGGUGCAGUGUGACUUGCAACACGGGGACCCAGCAGAGGCAGAGGAGGUGCAGUGCAUCAGUGCAUGGCUGGGCAGAGUGUAAAGGCCCCCAUCAGGAGAGCAGGGACUGCACCAAUCCCUCCUGUGGUGGUGGAGGUAACUGGGGCAGCUGGAAUCACUGGAGUCUUUGCAGCAAGACGUGUGACUCUGGCUGGCAGCGCCGUUUCAGGAUGUGUGAGGGCACGGGCGUACAGGGAUACCCCUGUGAUGGCUCCGGAGAGGAGAUCCGCUCCUGCAACGAGAAGAAGUGCCCUGCUCCUCAUGAGAUCUGUAAAGACGAGUACCUCUUAUCUAUGUCAUGGAAGAGAGCUUCAGCCGGGGAAACUGUCUACAACAAGUGUCCGACUAAUGCCACUGGAUCUGCUAGUCGUCGUUGCAUGCUGGACAAUAAUGGAGUUGCUUUCUGGGGUCCUCCGAGCUUCGCCAGAUGCGUCUCACUUGAAUAUAGAGAUUUACAUUUAUCUCUGCGAGAACAUCUUGCGAAGGGUCAGAGGACCCUGGCUGGGGAGGGCAUGUCUCAGAUCGUAAGGAGUCUCCUGGAGCUCUUGCAGAGAAGGAGCUACUACAGCGGCGACCUUCUCUUCUCCACGGAGAUUCUGCGAAAUGUGACGGACACCUUCAAAAGAGCAACCUACAUCCCAGCUCCCGACGACGUGCAGAAAUUUUUCCAGGUAGUCAGCUAUAUGUUGGACAUGGAUAAUGUAGACAAAUGGGAGGACGCUCACCAGGUCUCUCCCGGUGCGGCCUUACUGAUGAGGGUAUUAGAAGAUUUCAUCCACUUCAUCGGAGAGGACCAGAAGCCGUUCCAGAGUUUUUUGAUGGUUACCAACAACCUCAUGAUAACCAUCCAACGCGAGCCGGUGUCAGCAGUCUCCAGCGAUAUCAACUUCCCCAUGAAAGGUCGGCGAGGGAUGAAGGACUGGGCAAGGACGGCCGAAGACAAGCUCUACAUCCCUAAAGAGGUCUUCACCAUCCCAAUUGAUGAGACGGAGUUGGAGUCAGAGCCGACCACGUACUAUGUCAUUGGAGCCAUCUUGUACAGGACGCUGGGCAUUAUCUUACCUGCACCUAAUCCCCCUGCAGUGAUCAACUCCAAGAUACUGACGGUGACGGUGCGACCAGAACCGCCGCGCAGCGAGCCCAUGGUGGUGGUGGAGCUGUCACCGCUGUUCAAUGGUACAUCAGAUCCUCAGUGCAUAGUCUGGGACUAUGGCAACCCGGAAGCUGGCGCAGAAAACUGGGGCACAGAAGGCUGCCAAACGCUCGCGUCAACCGCCAUCCACACCAAAUGCCUGUGCAGCAGGAUAUCCACCUACGCCGUGUUAGCUCAGCAAGCUAAAGACCCGGUGAGUCACCGCUGCCUUGACUACUUUCUACCUCCUCUCCAUCUUCUUCCUGUUCUGUUUAACCCUCCCCAGCUCCUUGUCACCUCCUAUUUGCCCUCGACUUCCCCCCGGGUGUCUGAUCACCCCUUAUUCUUGUCACUUCCCUCACUUUCUCUUACACCACUUUGCUGGUUAUCCUUGGAGGGUGGUCUGCUCUAUGCUUUCGUGGGACCUGCUGCUGUCAUUGUAUUGGUGAAUAUGCUCAUUGGAAUUGUGGUGUUCAAUAAGCUUAUGUCACGAGAUGGCAUCUCAGACAAGUCCAAAAAGCAGCGAGCAGGUGUCCCAGUGGAGGCGCGUAGCCGACUGCUGCUGAAAUGCUCCAAGUGUGGCGUGAUCUCAAGCACCGCUCUGUCCAGCUCUACUGCCAGCAGCGCCAUGGCCUCUCUCUGGAGUUCCUGUGUGGUUCUCCCUCUUCUGGCGUUGACCUGGAUGUCAGCCGUGCUGGCCAUUACGGACCGACGCUCCACAUUAUUCCAGGUCCUCUUCGCCGUCUUUGACUCUGUCCAAGGCUUCGUCGUCAUCACCGUACACUGUGCCAUGCGCCGAGAGGUGCAGGACGCCGUGCGCUGUCGGAUGGGGGGGUGCAAAGACGACAGCGAGAACUCGCCGGACUCCUGCAAGAACGGACAGGUGCAGAUCAUGAAGUGCCCGAAUGUGAGCCACUGUGGGCAGCAGUGUGGCUCUCUGCGUUAUGGCACAUCACCAUGCCUGCCAACCUGCCACCAGCAGCCAUGCCCACCCACAUGCCACCAAGCGUGCCAACAGGGAUGCCAGCAAGCCUGUGGCCACAGUCUGCCCCACAGCAGCCACAACCACGGGCACGAGCACGGCCAUACCCUGAGCCACGGCCAUAACCAUAAUCCAGUCGUGAACAAUGUCCACAACCAUGCCCACAAUCACAACCACGCCCACAACCAGUGCCCAAACUGUCUAAAAUCUACGGACUUUGAGAAGGAUGUGGACUUGGCGUGUCAAACAGAGAGAGGACACCCAUUCAUUUUCAAGGAGGUGAACACCUGCAACCCAGCCACCAUCACCGGGACCCUCUCCCGCAUCUCCCUGGAUGAUGAGGAUGACCCUAAGCUGGCUGCACACCAGGAAGGAGGAGUAGGAGUCAACUUCAGCUCCCUGCCGGGGAACAUCCCCCCACCCAACCUUAUCGUACAGGUGCCGCCCCUGGGAGGACUCAACGAGCUCAGCGAGACACCACUGAAGAAGGAGGUGAACGUGGAGCAGCAGAGACAGCAGAGCCAGCAGCGCGGCGGAGCGCCUGUCUACCUGUGCACCGAGAGCAGCCUGGGCUGGGCACGCCCGCCCGCCUCUUCCAACACCACCCAGGACGGGAGCGCUGGGAGUGGCGGAGGAGGAGGUGGAAGCGUGGGAGGGGGUGGAGGAGGGGAAGGGGACUACAUGGUCUUACCUCGCAGGACAGUCAGCCUCAAACCCCCGCCGCCUUCCUCCCAAGGAGGGGGCCUGGGCCUGGGGGGUGAGGAUAAGCCCCUCAACAUUGCUGUUGAGGACCCUCCCUUCCCACCGCCUCCCUCCCCGCUGACCCUCCACCCGGCUGAGAGUGAGGCCUACCCGGCUGACUUUGUGCCGCCCGGGGUCAGCGACAUGAACAUCGCCAUGAACCUCAACCGUUCCUAUGGGACCAUCAAAACCAUGCCACAUGGGCACGGCCACAUGAUCGCCCCGGGCGGUCUCGUGCACCCUCAUGGGGGGCAUAUACACGGCCACGGGCACUCGCUGCAGCUGAAGCCAGGCCAGAGGCCGUCGGUCAGGCAGAUUCUGACGGGAGGAAGCGCAGUGGAGAGAACCAGGACCCUACCACGCAACCUAGGCAGCACUAAUGCCAACACCAGCCUCUCAGCAGGAUCCCUGGAGAGGAAAAGAGUACGGUACUCUGAGCUGGACUUUGAGAAAGUGAUGCACACUCGCAAAAGACACUCUGAGCUGUACCAUGAGCUCAACCACUCGUCCAAGUUCCACACCAUAGACAGGUAUAGCAGGGACCCGGCCAUGUCCACAUUCAAGAGGGAAAAGCGAUGGAGCAUUUCGUCUGCCGGAGGUGAAAAGAACUCAUCGAGUUUUAUUUGCUCUGCUAUCCAGAAAGACUACAAAGGACUGGAGCAGGUGACAUAG